AUGGAUUCUAAUGCGUUGCUAAGAGACCAGAUAAAACACAAACUUAAUGCAGUUAAUUUGUCAUCUAAACACGUUAAGGAUGCUGCAUCGUUUCUACUCACUCAAGCAGAACAUUCCGAUUUCAUCUCAAACCAAUGGCUGGAAGUAUUCAAAAAUACAAAUAAUCCAAGUUUCCAGUUGGCAUUACUCUAUGUAGCAAAUGAAAUUCUGACAAAAAGUUGUAAAUAUGGUGUUUCAGAAUUUGGUGAAGUGUUAAAACCUUUUGUCAUAGAAGCAACACAAUUUUUAAAACCUGGACCAUUUAUUACUAAAUUAACAAAAUUGAUUAAUUAUUGGACUUAUCGAAAAGUGUUUGAUGUUCAAUUUACAGAACAACUUUUACAAAGAAUAAGUAAGUUUAAAUGAACAAGUAUCUCUUAAUAUUAAUAAUAAUUUCAAAACAAUUAGUCCCUUUUAUAAAUUUUGAUAGCGUUAUUAGAAGACGGAGACUAUCUGAAAAAUGUGAUGUAUUUGAAAAAUACAUUUGAACUUGUUGACUGUCUUGUAGAUAUGAGCAUAAAAGAUAGGAAAAUGUAUUUAUUUGAUGUUAAUUCUUUGUUUACUGAUGUACUAU